AGUAUGUCUAAUUAGCCUAAAUAAGUAAGCAAUCUUUAUCAUUUUUUUAGAGUCUUUAUGAAGCUUUUAGUAGACAACUUAAACCGUAAAUGAGCACAACUCUCUCAAACUUAAAGCCUGUUGUAAAUGAACGACCCUCAACAUCUAAACCCCUCCAAAAUCUAUCAAAUGCCCCUAUACGAAAUCAUGAAGAUUUAACUAAAAAUACAGUUGGCAGAUCUCCCAAAAGAUCAACAUUUGAAAAAUCUAGUGCUCAAAAUUAGCCAAUAAUUUAAGUUAUUGAUGAAAGACCAAUACCAAAGGUAUUAUAGAAAGCAAAAUCGCCGCAACCUAUUCAUUAAAUAUAAAAUUCAAAUGAAAUGAUAAAAAUUAAAGAUUAGAGAUAAUUUGAUGAUAGACCACUUCCAACAAGCAAACCAUCAUUCGAUUCAUAGUUAUAACUAAAUCAGAAUCAGAAAUUUCAAAAUGGAACUCUUAUUAGUACUACUUAACCAACAUAAUCUCAACAAUACUUCAAAGUAUAACCGAAUAUUUAAUAAACCGCUAAUCAAUAAUUAUAAAAUUUAGUUGGUUAUAAUUAAUAACUUCCUGCCUAAGAGUAAUAGUAUGCUCGAUUAUCUCUAUAAAAUAAUUAAACAUAAAGACCUCAAGUUUAAUAAAGCCAACAACAAUAGCCAUAAGGUUAAUAAUCUUAAACAAUUAAAUCCUAAGGAUAAUAAAAAUAGCCUUAAUUGGAAGAAUAAAAGUCAUAAUAAUUUUAAGGACAAUCAAGAUAAAUUAAUUAAGAAUAGAUACAAAGAUAAUAAAAAAAUAUAGAUCAAUAAUAGAGAUAAUAAUAAUUACAAAGAUCAAUACCAUAAUAAAUAUAAUACUAAAAUUCAUAAUAUUCAUCUCAUUAAUAACAUUAAGAAUAUUCGUAAUAAUAUAAUGUAAAAUAACCAAUAAAUAAUUAAUAAGAUAUGCGAGGAUUAUAACAAUAAUAAUAAUUAUAGUAAUAGUAACUUGUAUAUUAAAAAUAAUAACAAAUCCAAUAAUUUUAAUAAAAUCAAUAAUAAUUAUAAACAUAAUAGAUACAAGAAUAGCCAAUAAAGACAAGAUAAUAAUAAUAACCAUUAUAUUAAUAGUAAAUACAAUAGCCAUAAUAUUAAAUGCAAUAACUACAACAGUAAAAAAAUCAAACUACUCAAAUGGAAUAGGAAGGUGAUGAAAUAUUGCUUGAAUGUCCUGAAGGAUGUGGUAGAUCUUUUAACAAGAAAGCAUUAGAAAAGCAUGCAAAAGUAUUUUACUUGUAAUAAACUUUAGAUUUGCUAAAAGGUAUUUUAAUAGAAAAGAAAAGUAUUUGAUUCUUAACAAUAAAGAUAGCUAGAUGAAGAAGAAGAAGGAUAUAGACCUCCUCCUCCUCCAUAGAAGAAAUAAUAAUAAUAAAAAUAAGUUUAGAAAUAAAAUGAAUCUAAAAGUGAUAAACCAAAAUGGAAAGCCUAAAGUGAGGCCUUUAGAGCUAUUAUUAAAUAAGGAAAAGGAGAAUAGUUAACAAAAGAGGAACAAGCAUCAUUGAAGAAUGCAAUGGAUGCUACUUAAGAUUUAGUUUUAUGUAAAUUCUGCAACAGAAAGUUUAAUCCAGAAACAGCAAAAAAACAUAUAGCAUUUUGUGAAACAAAAGCAAAAUAGGCUGUAACUUAAAAGAAAAAGAAAUGAG